CCAAUGCUCUGACAAUUGACAAUCGACGAUCGACGUAGAUGUUGAAUAAGUGAACGGAACCCAAAAGCUUAUCAAUCUUUUCCAUCCAUCUUCCUGUCUCUUCAUUUCAUUGGAAAAUCAAUGGCAGUGAUCGAAGAGGAAACCUUUAUUCAUUGAAAAUUUACAAAAUAUUUUGUUACAAAGUGAAAAUAAACGAGAACGGUGCGGGGAAAAAAAUCCCGCCAUAAAAGGAAACCUUGAAAGCUACAGAGUCGAAACUCAACUCGAGUGUCUUUUGGGAAUUGGCAUGGGGGCCUCCUUAGUGUAAUUCCAACAGACGCUUUCACGUAAACGAAGCAGAAGAGCGAUUCCUGCAUACCCCGAGAGCAAUUGAAGUGGGUUUAGCUUGAGUGAUGCCAAGAAGGCUGAUCGAUCUCCUAGCUUCAUGGAGAGGCCUUGAGGGAACUUCCUAAAUUGCAGCAAUUUGGAAGAUGGUUCCAAUUUGCCGAUGGGGGUGUCUUUUGAGGGAGAGGAAUGAGAGAAGCUUUGAAGAUCUUGAGCAUUCAAUGGAUGAGCUUAGAACUUUCUUUUUUUAACACUUAUGUUCCAUUGGUCAAUUGUAAUUGAUUUUAAUGGCAUGAACAUUCAUGAAAUUCUUGUAUCACCAUAAUAUCAUGCAUAGGCAUUGGAGCAUUGCUCUUGUAUAUGUCCCGUGUACUUGGCUCUUGCCUAUUCUUAUGAUCAAUAAAAUAUUGUUUACCAAUAAAAAAAAGCAUGAAGUUCUACCUUUGGGAAGUGUUAGAGAUUGGGGCCUAGAAAUACGCUAAUGUGGUCUUUUCAAGAUGCAAUCUACUGGUAUCAUAAGCUGGUUACUUAUAUUAAAUAGAUUCCCUGGUCUGUCAAUUCUGUAAUCUAUGUUCAUGUUAACUAGGGUUGCAUGAUUGCCAAUAUGCCACUUAAGGCUUAUCCUCAUAUCAAUUUUCCAAAUUUUCCUUGGUGAGGAUUUCUUGGUUUGUGUUUCCCUUCUUCCUAAUCAAUUUUCUUUCCUUGUUGAAACAAAAUAAGUUUUUCAGUGGAGCAAGUGGCCAGGAAAGUAGGCGGCAAUGUGUUGCAAGGCAGAAGCUUGUAAGGAGUGCACCCAGAAAUGUUUGCUGGUUCAUCAGAGGAAGAAAAACUCAAUGAGUGGAGCUACUGCUUUUUUCAAAGUCAUGAUUGGUGAUCAGUUUUCAAAAGUCUUGUUUUUGCCUCCAAAGUUUGCUGCUACGGUAUCAUCAUUGGUUGAUCAAGAAACCUUUCUUGAGGACUCGAGUGGGCAGCAAUGGAAUGUAGCAUUAUCAAAUCUUAAUGGUUCACUCGCUUUUGACCGAGGAUGGGGUUCCUUCGCAUUAGACCAUGGGCUGGAGGUUGGAAAUUUUUUGGUGUUCAAUUAUGUUAUGGGAUCAGGCUUUGUUGUUAAGAUUUUCAAUACAACUGGGUGUGAAAAAAUAGAUUUUCCUGAGAACAGUAAUGUGAAGAAAAGAGCUAGGAUUAAUGGGAAUGGGAAUUUAGCUGCCAAACAUGACCAAUGCCACAGAAAUGAAGGUUCGAUGAAUAACCAAGCUUCAAGCACCUCUGCUAUGUCUUUGUCAGAAGCAGUAUUACAUCAAAGCCAAUGUGAACCAAAUGAUGUGGAAGCAAUACCAAGAGCCCCUGAAGACAUGCUGCAUUGUGAUAGUAGCAAUGGAGGGGCCAAACAUUUGGCCAAAGCAGAAUAUAUUGAAGAGCCAUUUUACCUAAUCAACCGAGACUUGCAAGACAACCAAGGAUAUGACAGAAAUCCUGUGUUUGACUUGUUUAACUUUGAAACGUGGAACAACUCAGGUGCUGAUGUUACCAGCAAAUCUGCAGUCAAAGAUGGAAGGUUUCCUUAUGAUACUGAUAUAUCACUAAACUCUCAAAUGAAAACCUGCUUUGUUGUCAAAGACCCAGUGGCCAAAGGGAUAGUGAGUGGAGUAGCAACUACAGAUGCUUUGGACUUUGAAACGAUUGAGAAAAGUCAUUGCUCCGAAGAAAUUAGUAAGAAGGCAUCCGCUUCUGGUAACAAUUCUUGCAAAAAUAGGACAUCUGGGCAUCUCUUGACCACAUCUGCCAUAAGACUUGAAGGAAACAAGGAGAACAUCUCUGACGUACCAAUUAAAGGAAUUACAAAGUGCCAAAUUGCAGAGGGAUCAGGUGCUGCAGUAUCAAGAGACCUCUCAGAGUCAAUGUCAGAAAACAAUCAGGUGGCCCUGUCUCCUAAGGAGAAUACUUCACUCAUUGACGGUUUUUCAAGUGCUAAACAGGAAUUUAAUGGGAUGUCUGAGCUCGUGGAUGUUCCCGUUACCUCUGACAUGCGUGACUGUCAGACUCGUUUGUGGAAUGAUUCAAAGAUGAUCGAUCAAGUUCACAGUCCAAGUUCUGAUAUGAUUGCAAGUGAGAAAUAUCGAGGGGCGAAAGUUGAACACGUUGACUCAGUUGGAACUUCCUCAACAUAUACAGCCAGUCUCUCCUGUUUGGUGGCCAAAGAAAGCCAAUCUUUUCUUGAGUUGCCCACAUGUCUGCCAUCUUCUUAUCAUGGAAAAGCAAGAAUGGAAAGGAGGGUUGUGUUCCUGCGAGAUCCAGCAAUGAGAUUAUGGCCAGUCCUCUACCAUGAGAGGUCUGGUUUCACAAUUUUGACGAGUGGAUGGGAAGCUUUUAGCAAGGCGAAUGGCAUUCAACCUGGAGAUGAGUGUGUUUUUGGGAUUGAGAGGGCCUCGGAGGGUAUAUAUGGUGUCCGUAUUACCCGAAAGUAAAGAAAGCUGGAGUUGCUUAAUUCAGGCCUCAUCAUAUUCUGUAUAAAUGGAGACUAUUUUGUGAGGAACUCUGGUAAUUAGAAACGUGUUUUGGGAAUGCUUGAAUCCAGAAUUUGAUCAAUGUUUAGUGCACCAGUCAUAUAUGAGGUAGCCUUACCUUUGAUGUAAAUGGAUCUUGUGUAUACGUUUCUCAGGUCUUUCUAUGAUGCGUCCGGAGCAAAAGCUCAAUUUACGAUGCAAUAUUUUAGUAAAACCUCAA